AUGGGCCUGACUGCGAAGCUUUUCACAAUCCUCCCCCUCCUCUGUUUGUCCGCAGAGAUAGUUUUCGGAUCACAAAACUUUCAAGUCAAAUUCGAUUCGUUCAACGAUUCCAACAAGCACAAUUUCGCGAUCCAACCCCCUGCGGCCAUCAACCAGGGCGCCCUUCAAGUCACCCCUGACUCGGCCGGCAAUGUCAACCUCUUCAAUCGGUCAGGUAGAGUGCUUCUCAAUCGAUCUUUCAAGCUCUGGGACGAUCAAGAAGUCCACUCGUCCAAUUCGUCCCGAGUUGCGUCCUUCAACUCCUCCUUUCUCAUCAACAUCUAUCGGCUGAAUAAUUCGACCUCCCCGGGCGAAGGUCUAGCCUUCGGGAUUUUCCCGGACAAGGCCAUACCUCCCGGGAGCGAGGGCCAGUACAUGGGCUUGACAAACUCCACCACAGAUGGCAACUCCACCAACCAUUUGGUCGCGGUCGAGUUCGACACGUUCAAGCAGGACUUCGAUCCGGAUGAUAACCACAUCGGCCUAAACAUCAACAGCAUCCGAUCCAUCAAGAACGUGUUGUUAUCAUCACUUGACAUUGAGCUCGUUCCUCCAGGAGCCAAGUUUUACAAUGUUUGGGUCCAGUACGACGGCAUCAACAAGACCAUUGAGGUUUUCAUAGAGCAAGCUUCGGAGAAGGGUCCGACACCAGCCAGACCAUCCUCUCCGGUGCUGGUGAAAUCCAAUCUCGACCUCAGAGAUGUGGUAGCCCAGAAUUCUUAUUUCGGAUUUGCAGCUUCAACUGGCAAAACCACCCAGUUGAACUGCGUGCUCAGGUGGAACCUGACUGUUCAGUACUAUCCUGACAAGGAUCCGUGGUUGAAAAUCGUCCUCGGAGUUGGAGUGCCCGGAGUGGCGUUAUUAGUGAGUGGAUCGAUGGCUUUGUGCUAUUACUUCUAUAGGAGGAGGUUGGCGAGAUCGGACCCGAACAUCCUCAGGGCUCUGAAGAGCUUGCCCGGGAUGCCUAGGGAGUUCCAUUUUAAGGAUUUGAAGAAAGCCACCGACAAUUUUCACGUGAAGAAUAAGUUGGGUGAAGGUGGUUUCGGUGUGGUGUAUAAAGGGUUGUUACCGGCUGAGAAUUUGGAGGUGGCCGUGAAGUGGUUCUCCAGGGAGAGCAUUAAGGGACAGGAUGAUUUCUUGGCCGAGCUUACCAUCAUUAAUCGUCUCCGACAUAGACACCUCGUUCCAUUACUCGGAUGGUGCCACAAGAACGGGAAGCUCCUCUUGCUAUAUGAAUACAUGCCUAAUGGCAGCCUGGACAAGCACCUCUUCGGCAACAGUGCCAACGACCAGCCCUUAAGCUGGAACCUCCGCUACAAGAUCAUCUCGGGACUGGCCUCAGCUCUGCAUUACCUCCACAACGAUUUUAAUCAGAAGGUGGUCCACCGCGACCUCAAGGCCAGCAACAUCAUGCUUGACUCCAACUUCAAUGCCCGGCUAGGUGACUUUGGCCUAGCUCGUGCCCUCGACCACGAGAAGAAUUCAUACACCGAUGCUGCAGGCGUGAUUGGAACAGCAGGCUACAUUGCCCCCGAGUGCUUUCUCACGGCCAAAGCAACACAACAAUCGGAUGUGUAUGCAUUUGGAGCAGUGUUGCUUGAAGUAGUGUCUGGCCUAAGGCCUGGCACUAGGAUAGGUGCAUUUCAAUACUUGGUUGAUUGGGUGUGGUACUUGCACCGUGAUGGCCGCCUACUAGAGGCGGUGGAUAAGAGGCUUGGGGUAAAUUAUGUGGCGGAGGCAGCCGAGAGGGUUCUGCUUUUAGGGCUGUCAUGUUGCCAUCCGAUGGCGAAUGAGAGGUUGGAUAUGAAGGAGAUUGUUAAGAUUUUGUCGGAGUCUGUCCAGGUGCCUUAUGUGCCGCCAUUCAAACCACCUUUCGUUUGGCCAGCAGUGGUGGGGAUGGGAGGAGAAGAUAUUAGUUCCGCCAUUAUGAUCCAUGAAACCAUUACAACCUCUCACUUGGGGUCUGGUUGGUCUCGACAACUCUAUCCAUAACCGAGAGAGUUGUGACUUGUGUAGUCUACAAUACCCUAGAGGUAUAUUAUACAUGUAAUGUCCCCGUCAUUGAAUAGUUAUAGAAACUCUCAAUUUAUUUUGAUACAUCAAAGAUUGAGAGGUUUAUAUAUGUUUAUUGGUUAGAGAUGACAUAUGUAAAUACUACAGAAUAUUGUAGAGCAAGUAAUUUACUUUGGAUUUUUUUUUGGGAACAUUUUAAGGCAACGAUGCAAUUCUUGUCAAUAUGACAUCAUGAUAAUUGUCACGGUAAUAAUAACCAAAAUAAAUAUCACUAUAUAUAUCUCAUUCUUUUAGUAUUGUUGUCAUCAAUAAUUUGGUAAAUUAAUAAAAUAAAAUUUCGAAAUGGCUGAGCCCGAGAGAACACAAUCACUCUGUAGCUGAAAAAAAAAAAACACUUUAGACCUUUACAGAAUAUGAUUCCUUGCAGUGACCUUGAUGUGAUGACACAGGGGACACUCAAUUAAUUAUUAUGUGACAUUUUUAUAAGCAGAUUCUUAGUUUCUUGAAGACUGGUCCUGUUUGCCAACGACAAGUCAUAGUACAAUCAAUUACCAGAAUUACUCUAAAAUCAUGUAAUCCA